CUCGGUGCAAAAUUUAACUAAAGUAGGCUCUCAAGUCUCAACUAUUCUCGGUGCAAAACCCAAAACCCCAUAUGGCUAUUCUAUGCCCUCGUCUAGUCUUCUCCCGGGCUCCUUGAUCAUACUCCGAAGGUCAGUCUCAGAAAGGAACAGACAUGGCGAGUGACACCGAAGAAAAUCUUCCUUCAUUGCACACCCUUGACGACGAUAAUGAAGAAGACAGACUUCUUCAAAUGGCCAUUUCCGAAGCGAAACAGUAUCCAGCCCUUGAUUCCGGCAGCACCCUACAGCAGGAUAUUGCGGGUAAUUUUGAGAAUCCAGUCGGAGGAGAAGAAGGAAUGAACAAGCCAAGCCAAAAUAGUAAUACUUCCGUUGUUAAUGUUGCUGCGGAGGAUUAUCAAGUCAGGGGAAAGUUGACUAGAGAGGAGUUGGAAGCAAUGAGGUUUUUGAAUGUCGAAGAGCAGAGGAAGAAGUGGAUCGAGGUUUACAGUGGAUUAGGGCUCGAUGUGCAAAAGGAUUAUAAUGGCCUACUUCGUUCUACCAAUCAGAAGAAAAAUCUAGUGGACUUUGAUCCACGGAGACAGCUAAGCAAGGCUCGAGACCAUGUCUCAUUUGGCCAGAAGGAGAGCAAUGAAAAUGAAGACUCGUUUGUGGUGGAAGAAGACACCAACUAUGAUGAUAGCGAUGAUGAUUAUAUUAGUAUCCAAAGGCCUGCAUUUUUUGUUGAGGGAGAACCCGACUUUGAUUCGGGUCCUCCGGAAGAUGGAUUAGAAUAUCUCAGGCGUGUGAGGUGGGAAGCAGAACGUUUGCCAAAAGUGAAGGUUUGCAAGGUUGAACGAAGCAAGAUAAAGAAAGAACAGAGUGUUUAUAUGCCCUGUAUUCCCGAUAUUGCGACUUGCCCAGAGCACUUACUACCCCUUAAAGAGUGGGAGGAUGAGUUCCUUGCUUAUUUCUCACAGUUGAGACUGGUUUUAUCACAAAUAGAAGGCCCUGAUGUUAGCAUUUGUGGUCCACUGUUCUCAUAUUAUGUUGAUCAGGAACAACAAUCAUCACAUCACCUCACAAAAGGCAUCACUGAAGAUACCGAUAACACAACAUCAGGAGAUGAUCACAUCCAAACUAAUGAAGGUGACAAGAAUGCUCUUAAGAAUCCCUGCCCCACACUUUCAGCUAUUUCAGGGAUGGAACCAGUGGCUCGAGCUUCAUUGCUUAGAAAGCGGAUCGCUGUCUUUGAAAGUACAGCCACAGCUUCAAGGGAUGAUUGCCUGUGGUUAUUCGCUUUAUGCGCAGCUGUUGAUUCUCCACUUGAUGCUGACACCUCAGCUGCCCUGAGAUCUUUGCUCCGCAAAUGUGCAAGCUUGAGAGCUGAAAAAACAAUGGUGGAUGAUGAAGUUAUUAUGCUCAAUCUUUUGGCAACAAUAUCUGGGAGGUACUUUGGGCAGGCAGAAAAGUGAAGCAAGGUUGGCACUUGUCAGUUCUCACACAUUUGACUUUCAUUUAACAUGCCCGGUUUUUUGUGUGUAACUUGUCAAGUCUGACAAUGGUUAGCAGCCACUCUGGUCGAUCUGGUCCUUAAAUGUUUUUUUUUUUGUUGUUUCCAGAUUGGAAUAUUAUACAGCACAAAGGGCUUUGUUUGUAGGGGGAAGCUCUGGAGCGGGCAGCUCUCGUUGGUGUAAACCGGCAGCAGGAUGGGUAAAGGUCAAUACAGAUGCUGCUAUUGUUAAUCAGACCUGUGGUUUGGGUUGGGUUGUGCGAAAUGAUGCCGGGGAGUUUGUGGCUGGGGGUACGAAAUGGUGGACAGGUUGCAUAACUCCUUUUGAAGCAGAAUUGUUAAGCAUACAUGAGGCUUUGAGCUGGCUGAAAGAUCAGCCUUGGGAGUUUGUCGAGAUCGAGUCAGAUUCACUGUUGGCUAUUAAUGAGAUCAAGAAUGGUUCAAGUCUGUCAAGUAAAGGUUUGCUAGCGGAGGAUGUUCGGGAGUUAAGCUUGGAGUUUUCUAACGUCUCAUUUUCUUUUGUGAGACAUUCAAAGAAUUCUGUUGCUCAUAACUUAGCUAGAGCGGCGGGUUCUAUGUCUGAUGGCCAAGUGUGGUCGUUUUAUCCUCCGAGUUGUAUCUUGAAUGCUUUAUCUUUUGACCUCAUUAAUACUAAUUAACUAAUUAAUUUCAUUUCGUUC